AUGGAGAAGAACAUCUGUAACAAUGUAACGUAUGCCACUACUGCUUCACUGAUUUGGUCAGGUCUUCUUGAACGAUUUGGCAAAGAAAGUUCACCUAGAGCUUAUGAAUUAAAACAAAGAAUUGCAGCAACACGACAAGAUGGAGCCUCUAUUUCCACAAAUUUCACUAGCCUUCGAUCUCUUUGGGAUGAGAAUGUGUUUAUCCAACCACUACCGUGUUGCGCUUGUGAUAAUUGCUCCUGUGAUCUUGGGAAGAGGAUGGACGAUUUUCAAGAAAAGGAACGCUUGUACCAGUUCCUUUAUGGGGUUUGA